UCCUCGACCUUAAAGGAAGGACGAGAUUUUUAAUAGCCGAACUACUCCCACUGUCUUUUCGCUCGGCUCCUUUAGCUGGAUUGCCUUGGCGUAGAGGCCUCGUUGGAGGAGGAAGAUGCAGCAGUGGCGGCCGGAGAGCGGGGCCAUGACGUUCGACGAGGCCUCCGUGGAGAGGAGCAAGAGCUUCGUCAAGUCUCUGCAGGAACUCAAGAACCUGAGACCUCAACUCUACUCUGCUGCGGAGUACUGUGAAAAGUCUUACCUCCACAAUGAGCAGAAACAGACGGUAUUGGAUAAUCUAAAGAAUUAUGCUGGCCGAGCCCUUGUGAACGCUGUAGAUCAUCUUGGCACGGUUGCCUACAGACUGACCGACCUGUUCGAACAACAAAUGCUGGACGUAUCGACCAUGGAGAUGAAGAUUUCAUGUUUGAAUCAGCGAGCUUUUGCUUGCCAAGCUUAUGGCGAUACAGAAGGUCUUAGCAAGCUUCAGAUGACGGGGAGAAUCUCGAGACAUCACAAGCAUUACAGUCUGCCAAAUUCUGGCCGUAGAAGUUUGCAGAGUAGCUCACAGUGGCCAGCAGGCGGCAAUGCAAAUCCAUGUAAGGCGAGACCUCAUUCUCAUGCUCCAGGAAAACCUGGAUCAAAAACUCUUUCCUGGCAUCUUGCUUCAGAAGCUAAUUCUGCACAAAAUGAAGCUCCUCCUCUCCCAGCACCAUGCACUGGAGAUGCUAAGUCUUCUAAAAUAGAUUCUCAAGUCUUCCAUCUUUUAGUUGCAGAAGAGCCUGCUACGUCACAGCCCUUAUCGAGUCUUCUUCUCCGGGCAGCUAGUGGAAAUGGGACUUCCUAUAUGAUCUCAAACAAAUUUAAUUUGAUGGGUCCUUUGGAGGAUUCAAAACCUAUAUCAGCAUUCCGAUCCUUUGAUAAUCCUAGUAGACGUGAGAUCUGUAAGCCGCUGCCGCCGAGCGGUAAGAGCCUGCUUUCAACAUUGUUCACCAAGAACAAAACCUUGAAAGCAAGAAAGAUCUCCAUCUGAUGACGUAUUUCCCAGUUUUCUUAUGGUGAAGCAUUCAGUAUAAAUGUAUUACCCUAAUUAUCUUUCAUUUGUGGAAUGUACCCCACCGACUAACUAGAACCUUACUUCCAUAAACAAUCUCCAUUGUUGGAAUAUGAUGUCAGGCCUUACAAUUUCGA